UGCCCCUCUGACAGGGGAUGACUGCAUUACUAAAGGGAGCACAAUCAGCACCCCUCUGACAGGGAAUGACAACGACAAGCUAGAUCUUCUUAGCGGCGUCGGCCAGGAAACACUUGCCAAAAAUCUUGAUGCCUUUCAGGGAAACUGGAAGAAAAUGUAUGACUGCAUUACUAAAAGGGGCACAAUCAGCACCCCUCUGACAGGGGAUGACAACGAUAAGCUCGUCGACUACAUCCGCUGGAGCAUGGGCCCUGAGGAACACAUUUGGCUGGGCAUCAAUGACAUGUUGACCGAGGGGGAAUGGCUCGACCAGGCGGGCACCAACCUGCGCUUUAAGAACUGGGAGACUGACAUUACCAACCAACCAGACAGUGGACGUACCCACAACUGUGCCAUCCUUUCCACCACUGCCAAUGGAAAGUGGUUUGAUGAGAGCUGUCGUGCUGAGAAGGCGUCUGUCUGCGAGUUCAACAUCAUCUGAGAGCCAACCACUUUUCUUCUGUUGUAUCAGUCUAAACAUCUAUACU